AUGCCUCCUCGUCGGGCGCAUACCAAGUCGCGCAAUGGCUGCGAUCAAUGUAAGCGGCGUCGGGUCAAGUGUGACGAACGAGGUCCGCCCUGCUCCAACUGUAUCUCGCGAGAGAUCCACUGUACCUAUUUGAAGGCACCGCCGCGUGGAGCCGAUGCCACCCAUGUGCGGCCUCCGUCGAUCACCGACUCACACGACUCGCGAGAUCCGGGGACGCCUAGGCCCCUCGCGCCUAUCAGCCCGGCCUCUACGCCAUCGGCUAUCUCAGGCGUCCGUGAUUUAGAGCUGAUGCACAAGUUCUCCACCGAGACCUUCAAGACCGUUUGCACCGCCGACUCGGAAUAUCACGUCUGGCAGAUGAUCAUCCCGCGCCUGGCCCUACAGUACGAUUUCUUGAUGAACGGUAUCCUGGCAUUGGCAUCCCUACAUAUCGCCUCCACGAGCGAGUCGCCGACUUCCCUGGCCUACAUCGACACCGCGCUUCAGUAUCAUAAUCUCACCUUCGCGCCCUUCCGUGCGGCGAUUGCCAAUCUCACCCCCCAGAAUUGCGAAGCUGUGCUGGCACAGUCGAUCGUCACCACCGUCAUCGGUAUCGCCUUGCCGCGAGUGACCGCUGCUGGGGAUGAGGGCUCUAACAUGACCGAGAAUAUCGUCGUCGUCUUUGAACUUUUACAGGGAGUCAAGAAGAUCUAUCACAUCGGGGCUUCCUGGAUUAAACUCAACCUAUUCACUCGCCAAACGAGCGUAUGGGAAACCGAUGCGGUCGGUUUGGAUCGUGAAACAAAGACGGCGCUCGAUCGGCUCGCUUCACUCAAUGAUGAGACACUGGCUAGUAUUGACACGGACCAGUAUCGCAUUAAUAAAAACGUCCUUGCUCAUCUCCUGCAUUGUUUCACAUUAUUUGCCAGAUCAUCAGACCCGGCCAAUGUCCUCGCGUGGCUGGCUGCCGUGGACAAAGAAUUUGUGGAAAAUGUCCGGCGUCGCCAGCCAUUGGCACUGCUGAUUCUGAUGCACUGGGGCGUAUUACUGGGCGAGCUAGAUGGCACAUGGUGGUGGGCUCGAAAGUCGGGUCGAGCUCUGAUCUCUGAAUUGUCGCACAUCUUACGCCCGGGGGACAUGCGAUGGGCCGACUCGUUGGCUUGGCCUCAGCGGAAGAUGGGCCUAUGA